CUCGGUGCGUGUUACUGAGAGCAGGUGGAGGAGAGGUCAGCGGUGUGCCGGGUCUUCUGUGUGAGAGCGAAAGAGGGCGAGCGCGGGAGGAAGGAAAGCAAGGUGGGGUUGAUUCUCCAUGAAGUGCAGGGACCGAAUCGAGCUCCAGCGUUCUUGCGCCAAGGCGAGGGAAGCGGAGCAAAGGGGGGUGGCGAAGAGCGGACUGCGCACGGGUAGGAACCAUGUACACCAGAGGAAACUUCGAUAAAGAUGCGCACAUGUCAAUCUUACAAUAGUAGCACUGAAGAUCCGACAAGUGAAGGUGGAUCUCUGUGAAGAAACAAGCAGAAAGUGUUAAGCAUUGUGGCCACGAGAAGGUUUCCACUGUGCAUGCUCGCGUUGUAAUCGCGCACACAGGUACAUCUUGCAUUAUUGGUCGGUUUAUGAAUCAAUUGGCUGUAGUUGAAUUGGAAUCGAAAGGAUUGUUUUGCGAUUAGAACUUAUAAAAACAGGACAAGGUUAUUCGCCCCACUGUGUAUUCAACCUGGCCACGACAGGCCAUGAUGAUCAAGCAGUCUUGGACUACAACUUCCUGGCUUAUAUAGAUAAAUUAAAGAUUUCU